AUGAACAGCACCUUGAGAGAUGCCCAGGCCCCGAGCCACCGUGAGUGCCUCCUGCCUUCUGUGGCCCGGACCCCCUCUGUCACCCAGAUCACGCCAGCCAAGAAGAUAACCUUUCUCAAGCGAGGGGAUCCCCGGUUUGCUGGGGUUCGCUUGGCUGUUGACCAGCGCACUUUCAAGAGCUUUGGUGCUCUGAUGGACGAGCUCUCUCAGCGGGUGCCUCUCUCCUUUGGGGUGCGCUCUGUCACUACGCCCCGGGGCCUGCAUGGCCUCAGUGCCCUGGAACAGCUGGAGGAUGGUGGCUGCUACCUCUGCUCUGAUAAGAAGCCCCCCAAAACACCCAGUAGGCCAGGAUGGCCACAGGGAAGAAGUUCAUCUGCUCAGCAAUCAAGAGAUUUUGAAAGUCGGUGUGAGGCACCAGGAACAUCCUCUUCCUGCAAGGGUCCUAAGGCCCCAAGGAGGAUAGUGCUGGUUAAGAAUGGUGACCCUAGAUUCCAGCAGACAGUGGUUCUCAGCCAUAGAAAUACAAGGAACCUGAUGGCCUUUCUCAGCAAAGCUUCAGAUCUUUUGCAUUUUCCUGUGAAGCAGGUGUACACCACGAGUGGGAAAAAGGUGGACUCUCUGAAGGGUCUGCUCCACAGCCCCUCAGUGCUAGUAUGUGCUGGUUAUGAGUCUUUCAAACCACUGGCAGUGGAAGAUGCCAGAAGAUAUGGGACUGAAACUUUAUCUGGGCAGACUUCAAGAAACAAAACCGGAGGCUGGGGGCCAAAGGCCAAGCAGAGUGUGAUCCAUUCAAGGUCCAGGUCAGGCAGCCGGCCACGGGAGUGCUCCUUGCUGUCAGAGAGGUCUGGUCUCAGCGACGCCCCGGGAUCCCUGCAUUGCGCCCAGAUGGGCCCUGCUCCUGACGGACACCCUCAGGACGUGCCUGCCCACCCUGGCCCAUUGGUGGCCAGUGAUGAUGUUGAGAAGAAGGUCCGCAUGAAUGAGGAUGGCAGCCUAUCUGUAGAGAUGAAAGUCCGCUUUCACCUACUUGGCAAGGAUGCAGUCUUGUGGUCCAGGAGGGUGGGGAGGGCCAGUGCCCUCCCGGUAGCCAGUGAGGGGGUCCCUGUCCUGGAGGAGGUGGACUCCCUCCACUGUGUGUGGGAGGGCCACCUUGGGGGCUCCUCAGAGCCUGGGGCACAGGGACUGGGGCCCUGUGGGGCAAGAGGAUAUGAGGAAGCCUUGGGCCGAAGCCGGUGGCAGCCAGGGUCCAGGUAUGAAAUCUGGAUGAACCCCCUGUACUCCACCCAGGGAGAUGGGACAGAUUCUCGGAGGAGAUCCAGGCUGACCCAACACUCCCAUUCCCGGAGGCCCUGUAGCCAAAGGUUCACCAGCAGGAAAAGAAGCAGCAAGGACAGUGUCAGCCCUGCCUCUAGUGACAGAUGCCCCAGAGACUCUGAGCCAAACUCCUCAUGCUGCUCCAGGUCUCCAGGGAGCAGCAUGGGCAGCUGUGACCUACAGUCAGCCUCUGGGGCUGUCUCUCAGAGAGGAGCAGGGUGGGAAGGGGGUGGCCCAUCCAGGACGAGUGAGAGCCCAGGUCCACAGGGAGCAGGGCAGGGCAGCAGGGAGCACCACAGCCGCCUGAAGGCCCAGACCCAAGGCACAGCUGGUGCUCUUUCUGACUCCUCAGGGAGUGCUGGGUCUCAUGAGGAGUCUAGUGAAAGGGGUGAGCAACCCCAGGGCUGCCCAAGCAAGACAAGGGCUGUGACUACUUCCCGGCCAAAGACCACCCAGAGGGAAGGUCUCAGUCCUCCCACAGUGAGUCCCUUGUUUUUGAGGGAUGAGGACUCACAGGAAGAGGAGAGUGGACAGGGUACCAGGCACUCUCAGGCUAAGGAUAGGUCUGGGAUGAGAUGGCACCUGGCUCUACGUCAUUCUGGCUCUAGGGACAUUGCAGGAAGCUGUUCUCCACCUUCUGCCUAUGCCUCAGUCCCAGGCAGGAGAAGAAAGCAGAAGGGUAGAGCCAGUGCUAUGUCCUUACCCAGCCGAGGGGCUCAGAAAGGCCACCCCAGGCAGCAUCACCGCCCACUUGACUCACCUGUGCCCAAGAAAAUGCCUGGACCUCCCAGCAGAGCCAGGGCCCACCCAGAUGGCCCAGCACCACACCUUUCUGAAAGCUCACCUAGUGCCAGGAACCGGGCCUCCCAGAACAUAGGGCCAUCCUCCUCUGCCUCUCUUCAUUCCCAGUAUGCUCUCAUUACCCCUGUGAGCAAUUCUGAAUGUGCUUCCAAUUUCUACCCCCCAUAUUCCCUCUCUGCUGAGACUGAAGGGGACCCUAAACUCAGGGCAAGCUCACCAGCUCCCACACCUUCCAACACAUCAGACUCUUUGGGCAACCAAGCUGAUGGGCUGGACAAAAAGCCAGGGGGCGACAUUCCCAAGCCUUCCUGGCCUUUAGAUCCGCCAGGUGGACAACCUGAGGGAGGGAUGCUAGGAACCCACCGAGGCUGCAGCUGCUCACCCAUCAGCACAUCCAUGUUCCACGGGACCCCCAGUGAUGAGACGCAUGCCCCGCAGACCUCCCAGCCAUUGGGCAGCCAGGGAGUCUUCUCUGAGGUCUGCUUAGAAUGCAGCAGAUACUGUCCCACUCCCCCAAGGACAUGGCCUUUUGUCAAGAAGCACGCUUCUUGCAGCAGCAGCUCCAGUGCUGACUGCGGGCCAGGUCGGGGGGAGCUGGGGGAGGGAAAACUUGAUGUGUGGCACCCACAGCCCCCCAGCUGUCAGCCAGGGGCCGUGGGGAAAGCAGUCAAAGCCUCGAGAAGGGGCAGCUCCAGCUGUGGUCCCAGAAAGAUGCUGGGUGCUCUGCCCCGAGCCUCACCAGACACUGUGGUCCGUGAAUGGUUGAGCAACAUCCCAGAGGAGCCCAUACCCAUGAAAUGUGAAAUGGUGGGUGACAGCACAGAUGUGGCAGGGGAUGACCCAGAAGACCCCAAGGAGGAUCCCGUUGGCCGACAUUCCCCAGAAUGUCUAGGGGAGCCAACCCAGGUCAGACAAUUGUUGCACGAAGGUGCUGCCAGCGAGAAAGCAGAACCAGAUGGAGCCCUCCCAGUGCUUGGUGAUGCUCAUUCCAAGUCAGGAGAAGGUCUUCCUUGUAGCGGAGUUUCACAAGACCCCAGGGAGGCUGGAUCAGGCAAAGGGAUGGCUGUGGACCGUGGUGUGGGCCAGUGCAUGCUUCCCCACAAGCUCUCUGCCUCCAUACAGGUCAUGAAGGCACUGAUGGGCUCCAAGCAAGGCCGGCCCAGCAGCCUCCCUGAAGUGUCCAGUGCAGUGGGCAGGAGGCUCAGCCGAUCUGCCCAGGCCCUUAUCACCUGUCUUGCUGGGCUCCACUUCUUUGAUGAAGACCUUGGGUCUCCCACUGGCCAAGUGAGGUUCAUAGACUCUCCUCGGUACCAGGAGCUCUUGAGCAUCUUCCAGGCUCUGUGGCCAGCGUGUGGACUCAGGCGAGGUGAGGUGAACUCCGGCCCUUGGGAGCUGGGCCGGUGCCAGGCUCUGCCAGGCCUCAGGUCCCAUGUCAUGACUGAGGACCUCACACCAACGUCCUCAUCUGGUGUGGAUGUCGGCAGUGGCUCCGGAGGCUCAGGGGAGGGCAGUGGACCCUGUGCUAUGGACUGUGCCAUGGUCCCUGAGAGGAUAACACUGCCCUUGAAGAUCCCCUCCCCGAGACAAGAUUCUAGAACCUCUGAGAACCGAGAGGAUUCGCGAAACCAAGAGCCAAGUGGUUCCACAGCCUCUUCAAACUCCCAAGCAUGGGCUUGUGCCACCAGAAAAGAUGAGGCAGAAAGAAACAGUGGACAGCAUGUGCUAGGCAGUAACCUGGACCCAGUAGUUGACAACACAAUGCAAGAAGAGGAGGUACAAGUAGAGAAGAAAGUCAGAGAAGAAAAAGAAAUAGCAGAACUGCAAGGAGAGGGUGUCCCAGGAUUUCCAGAAGAGGAAACAGUCAUGGGACAAGAAUUGUCAGAGGCCAACUCUCAGGCUGGGGAAGGUGCACCAGAAGAUAAGAGUGUGCAGGAAGAGGAAGCAGGAGACCCUGCCUCCCCCACACUUUGCCCUCCAGGGAGGAAAGAGAAACCCACAGAGCCCCCUAGGAGCCUCAGCGAGGGGCAUUCAAAUGCCAGUGAAACUGAGAGUGACCCCAAAGUCGAGCCUGGUUUGGAGAAGCUGCCCAAAGCAGCUGAGACAUGCCAUGAGCAAAGCCAGGUCAAAUGCACCCAGGUGUCUGGGGAGAAGAGCUCUUCUGCGGUCCGCAGGGUGUCUCUGGACCCCGACCCCCUCUGGGUGUCCAGGUUGCUGAAGAAGAUGGAGAAGGCCUUCAUGGCCCACCUUGCCAGCGCCACAGCUGAGCUCCGAGCCCGCUGGAGCCUGCAGAACAAUAUCCUGCUGGACCAGAUGGUAGCAGAGUUGCAUCAAGACCUGGGCCGGCGGCUCGAAGAUAGCAUCGAGAAAGAGCUCCGGAAGGUCCAGAGCCGGGCAGGGGGCAAGAUGCAGGGGCCGGCCAGGGAGGGCCUCAGGUGGGAGAUGUCCCUGCAGACAGAGCAGCGCAGGCGCCGCCUCCAGGACCUGCGCCGCCUCUCGGCCUUCUCCAGGCAGGCUCGAAGCCAGGGGCCGCUGGCCCUCCCCACAGAGGAUAUGCCAACCGUCAGUGGAGCCCUGGGGGCCUGGCAGGCUGGGGAGGCUGAGGAGGAGGAGUUUUGUCCCUGUGAGGCCUGCAUGAGAAAGAAAGUGAUCCCCAAGUCCCCAAAGGACACAAUGGAGGCAUCCAGGGCACCCAUCAAAAAGGCCUUUGACCUGCAGCACAUUCUACAGAAGAAGAAAGGGGGAUGCACUAGUGGGGAGGCCAAAGAGGCAGCCCCUGAGAAGAGAGGGAUGGAGCCGCUUCAGGGGCACCCCUUGGGGACAGGGACUGUCCAGGAGUCUGAUAGAGGCCUGGAGUUGGGGUUAGACCAGGACUCUGGGACAGAGGAGGGGGGUGAGGGUGAGAGCAGUCAGACCCUUGGUAGAGAGGGAGACCCCCGAGUGGGACAGGGGGAGGCAUCUGUUCAGAAAAGAGAAGGGAGCACAGGUGGGCCAGGCAGCAUCCCAGAGGGAGCAGGUGGGGAGGAGCUGAGCUCUGGGGGGAAGGAAGAAAACACAGAGGAGGGCUCUGGGGCUGAAGGCAGUUUGGAAGGUGAAGACUCAGGAGGAGGUAACCGAAGCCCAGGAGAUCAGAAGGAUGGUGACAAAAGUGAAGAGAUCCAGGAAGCUGAAGGCGAGGGGCAGCCAGAGUCAGAGGGAGAAGGAGAAGAGGAGAAAGAAGGUAGCCCUCAGGUCGACUGGGGCCAGGGCCAGCCAGGUGAGACUUCUGGAAACAGCAGCCCAGACCCAGAGGGGAAGCCAGCGCUGCCCCCUACCACAGGUGCAGACAGCCCCCGCCAAAGGGCAGUCUGGAAAGCAGGCCUUGCCUCCUCCAGCAUGGCAUCUCUGGGAAACUGCUCUCAGCUCUCCCAGAAAGGUUCGGAAGAAAAGCCCUUGAACGGAGACAUGAGGAGCAUUGAAGAGGAGUCCGAGGAAAUCCCUGGUCCAGAGAGAACCGGCACAGGCAUGUAUCCAGAAAGCUCCACUUCUGAAAAAGAAGGGGGCCCCUCGGGCCCAAGGACUCCAGAGCAGGAGGCAAGCAAGGCCUCCGGCCUAGAAGCUGCGAAGGUAGUUAAAACUAUUGCUUUCACAGAAAUGGGGUUUCAAAACCUCCCCGUGGACCGGACAGAUGGCUUUGGCCAAGAUGACUUAGAUUUCUAG